UAAUUUGUCGCCCUGGUCGUGCUACGUCUAGAUUCUAGAUAAAUUCAUUCUCAGUGUUUAAACCAUUCGCGAGAUAGAAGGUCGUACGAACCGUUGCCGAGCGCUAUUCUUAAAACUUUUUUGCGCGGAACUCGUGACGGGCUGUGCGUAUCUUUCGAAUAUUCUCCGUAAUAUUGUGCCUUACUGUCGGAAUUCGUCACACGUGCCUGGCUUAUAGUACGCCUACGUGUGCCAGCUUUACUACUUCGCAUAUCCUCUACGGAAAAAAUCUAAUCUGUAGCUGUGUUCCACGGUAAAAGCUACCGACGAGAUGAGAAAAUGUUUGCCUGAAAUGAUUGUGUGCCGGUGUUUAUUCAUAUGGUGUGAUAUUUGGGUGAUGAAAAUGAAAUAGUUCAGUUGCGCAGUUUUAAUCAACAAAUGUAUGGUGCCUUGUGAAUAGGAUAGAAAUCCGAAUUAAUUCCGCAUGAGUUCCGAGUUUAUCGUUUUGUGUGAAAGAUAUUCAAGACUCGAAUUGAAGAUUAAUUGCUAAAAGCCGUGACAUAAGGAGGAAGAGAACCAACCAUUGGUUAUUAUUCACUAUCAAGUGCUCUUGAAUUAAAAAGACGUUUCCUUGAGCUAGAAGUAAAAGUGAAAUGGACGAUAACGACAGGAUAGCGAAAGCGUCCCAGAAGCGUACAGAAUACGAAGAUCCCCAUGGCAGAGUGUUUAUGUGCUAGAAAUAACAAUCACAGUGCAAGUAAAUUAAAUCGCGCCGGAUCGCAAACCUCGAGAUGUGAUCGAGCACAUUGUGUAAUACGCAGUGUAUAUAGGAAUCCCAAAAAUAAACAAAUAUUGUUUGUUACUCGAGCGUGUAUGUUCUGUUCGAGCUCGUAAUUAAUUAUAAGCCGAAUAAGCAACUCCGCCAAAAUGUUCUCAUCGACUGCAGAUGCGAAGAAAUCGAACUGGUUCUCGUCGUUGCGGCGACAGCCCAAAGCCAAAAAGACAGCGCUGGUCGCUGAAAAACCGACUCAGAAGAGCUGCGUCGAUUUGACGUCGAGUACUCUGUAUAGUACUGAUCUCCCCAGCAGCCACCCUCAAGCAGACGAAAGUGUACUCCUGACGCCCUUAAGCAAUCCUGCUGCAGAGCGCUCGAUAUGCACCUGCGAGUGGGUAAAAGUGACACCGUCGCCUUCACUCUCAUCGGAUUCGCCGCAAUCGUCGGCCAGUCUUGCCUCCACGACGACCGCCUCAAUAACUACGACCGUUUCGAGGAGUCUAAAGGAAAACAAACAUCAUCCGAUUACAACUGCUUCCUCGGUGGACAAUCUUACGAGUGAUAGCGCUAAUGACCUCAAGGAUCUCGUUUCUUUGUCCGCGCUGGCUGACACCAGCAGCCUGCGGAGGAGACCACGGCGGAAAGAGCAAGUGUACACUUCAACGACGGUUACCACUGUGACGAAGACGACGGUGGUGAACAAACAGAAAACUUUCCGCGUGGGACUAAUUUUUAGCGACAAUGGAGAAUUGUUGAAUAGCAGUCUUGACCUGCGACAGCUACUAGAGGAGAGCAAACAGGCUCAACAAUUUAUUCCCGCCAGCGAUGGUGAUACUAGUGUAAAGUGCAAAGCAGAAGUUAAUAACAACAUUGGCAAAAACCUGCAGUGCCAGAGACAAUUUAGCAUACUGGAAGACAGCAACUUUGACUACAUUGACGACAGUGCGGACCUGUUCAAUCGCAACUACUCGGGCACCAACAUUUCCUCCGUUCACGCCAACUCAGCUAGUUCUACACCGAAAGUGCUGCGAAAGUGUAACAACUGUAAGAACAAAUCCAAUCUAGUCUACAAAAAAAGCUUCAGUGCUGCACAACGGUCAAAGCAAAUAAACGAUGAACUGAAUGAGGUAGAAUCAGAGAUGCGAGCGCACGAGAACAAGGAGGAAAACAAACAUUCCAAUAAAGAUAAGCAGAUGGCGUUAGGUCGUAAGAAAUUUAACAUGGAUCCAAAGAAAGGCAUCGAAUUUUUGUAUGAAAACCAGCUUCUAAGGACGGACCCACAGGACGUAGCUCAAUUUUUGUAUAAAGGAGAAGGUCUCAACAAAACAGCGAUUGGUGAUUAUCUGGGCGAAAAGAACGACUUCAACGAACAAGUACUGAAGGCUUUUGUGGAUCUGCAUGAUUUUACAAACCUGAUACUGGUGCAAGCUUUAAGACAAUUUCUCUGGUCAUUCAGGUUGCCCGGGGAAGCGCAAAAAAUUGAUCGGAUGAUGGAAUGCUUCGCGCAGCGCUACUGUCAGCUCAAUCCGGACAUUUUCACAAAUACCGAUACAUGCUACGUGUUGAGUUUCGCCAUCAUUAUGCUAAACACGUCGUUACAUAAUCCAUCGGUGAAAGAGAAACCUACUGUUGAGCAAUUUAUAUCAAUGAAUAGAGGCAUCAACAAUGGGGGUGAUUUACCGAGAGAAUUACUUGAGUCCCUGUACGAAUCCAUCCGAACAGAGCCGUUCAAGAUACCUCAGGAUGAUGGCAAUGAUCUGAUGCACACCUUCUUCAAUCCGGAUAAGGAGGGUUGGCUGUGGAAGCAAGGUGGACGGUACAAAUCCUGGAAACGACGAUGGUUUAUCCUGAAUGAUAAUUGCUUGUACUAUUUCGAGUAUACCACCGACAAAGAGCCCCGAGGGAUUAUUCCGCUUGAGAACAUUGCGGUGCGCGAGGUUCAAGAUCGCAGUAAACAGUUCUGUUUCGAGCUGCACGCCAGUGGCGGUGCGGAAAUUAUUAAGGCGUGCAAAACGGACUCCGAAGGCAAGGUGGUCGAGGGUAAACAUACCGUUUACCGCAUGUCCGCUGCCAGUGAAGAAGAGCAGCAAGAGUGGAUCAAGUGUCUCAACCAGUCCAUCAGUCACAAUCCGUUCCACGAUAUCCUAGUACAAAGGAAAAAGAAAGCCUUGGCAAAAAGUUAGUUAGCGUUGUCUUGUUUGAAAAAUUAAUUCACCUUUAGUUUUUCAAAACUCUCACGCCGAGCUCUACUAUCUAUCAAACAACUACUACUACAACUACUCACCACCCCCAUUUACCGUUUGCUGUUGACGCUUCCCCGUAUAGCCUACCGAUUUUGAAAUGUUUAAAUGCGAGUUGGUGCGCGCAUGAAUCUCAGCUGUGUUUAGUGUAUAGUAUCCCGUGUGUGUGAUUUUUGCGGAAGCAACAUGUGCGUAUUUGCGCGCGCGAUUUGCGAUCCAGCAGCAAACUAUUACUGUUAACUCAUCAUCAGAACAAAAAAGUAGCGCAAUCACUCUAGCUAAUUGUCGUCUAAAAGAUCAAAACACUGAUAAAAUCUAAACUAAUUUUUAUACACACAUCUUUCAUAUCAUAUAGACAUCAUUUUUGAUUAACGGUAAGCAGCCAUGAGCAUCUAUGUAUGUAUGUAAAACUUGUACACAUAAUUGUUUUUUUUCCUUUGUUAAUUUAUAUAUAUGAUAGUUUCGCCCAAACCCAUUAAAGCCUAGUGUAAUUUGUAAAACUAUGUGAGAAAAUUGGAUACAGUUUUGUUUUUUGACUAAAAGAAAAGGAAAGAAAAUUUAUCGACUUGUUUCACUGGGUUUAGCUAAUGCCUAAGCUAUGGUAUUUAUUAACGGCAUAUGAUAACGGAAAGAUUAAAACUGUUUGUUUCUCGUUAACUCCACACUACUGAAAGUUUAGUAGUAGAGCUUAAGAACUUUUUAAAAUAAACCUCAAAUCUUAAUCGCCUUCUUCACUAAUUGGAUAAAGCUUAAGGAUUUUAUAGUAAUUUGCACGUUGCUCGGAUGAGUAAAUUUACAAUCCAAUAACAAAGCGAAAAGUGCCGUGUGAUACAGACUGGUGUCGAUAUAAUGAUGAUCGAAAAUCGACAGUGGCAAUGACACAUCUUAGUGCAGCACGAAAAAAAGAUCAUUUCACCGAAAAAUUAUCUGGAGAACUGAUGCAGCGAUUCGAAAGCGACGGAAAUGCAGACAAUAAAAAUACAGUGUAGGGGAAAAAGCAAUCCACAAUUAAACCGAUAUUUAAAACUGCACCUCUCCGGUAAAUGCCAUUCCCACCUGGAUCCAUCCACAUUAAUUCAAUUUAAAUUGAUUCCAUCUCGCUUUUCCGCAUUCCGGUGCGUUUUGCUGCAUACAUGCAAUUUCGAUUCGCUACUGUUAGGUAGUAGCACAUUCGCUGUGUUGUAGGUUGUGACCCAUUUUGUAAGAUCUUUAAUUUGUGCUGGGAAGUGACCGAAUGGAAAUUGAUUCGAUUAUUGGAUUACUGGUAUUUUUGCAAAAGAGUGUUUUUAGUAAGAAAGUUUUAUUCAACUGUUUUUAAAAAGAAUAUUCAUUUGUGAAAAUACAGGUAACACUUGGAUAACUUUUCGAGGCUACUGUUUGUGCACAAAAUAUCGAUUACUACCCGAAAAAGAUCACUCGAGCUGAUUGAAUUUAAUUGGAAAUACUAAUUAAACAGGUGCAUCUGUGUGUUCUUGCGUGCAAUUAUAUCCGGCAAAAACAAUGUUGGUUUUACCUUUCUUAUAUGGGAAAACUAGACAAUAGUGAGAGUUUUGUUGACAUUUACAACAAUGUAACUAUCAGAACAAACAUAUAUUCGGACGAGUUGAGCUAACAUGCCUAGGCAGUAAUGUUAUUUAAAUGUACCCACGUAGAAAGCUUAGUUCUGACUGUCAGGUGUUUGGUUUUUAAUUGAAUCGUAUGCGUCAUGUUAACGGUGUAUUGGGCCGAAAUUAAUUUACGUGCUUUUGUGCCUGAGUGACAGAGUGGGUUAAUCCAUGUCAUUCCAGACGAAGGCUUAUCUCACGUCAAAUAAUCUUCGGAUUUCGAUUUCUGGCGCUGGACGGUCUAUAUAGUGA